AUGGCUAUCGUUAAGGAUAUAUCUAAGACAAACAUGAUCCCUCCAGCUUCACAUUUGUGUGUGCAUUUAUUGCUUAACAAUUUCUGUUGUUGCUUUUUUGCAAUUGUCGAUGCUGUGAAACGACAUGAGAUAUUUAUGUAUGCUCGAAGCGAGAAUGAGAUUGUAAGAUUUCCUCUCAAUGUUUUUAAGGGGAUGAAUGAAGGAGUUAGGAAGAAUCUUAGCCAACAAGCAGUGAACGAAACAAGAGUCUAA